UUAAAUUAAUUGAAAUAGCUGUAUUGCAUUAUUAUUUUUCUCAACAUGUUGGCGCUGCGUCAUGGAGAGCAGCUUCGGGCUCGGUUGAUUAUUGUUUGCCGUCGCCAUCUGGCUACAUUGCAGCAGCCGUCGCUUACAUCGCCGUUCUCCGAGACCGCACACUCGGAAUACACCGACACCCCAGAAUAUCCACCAAUUAGAGAUCUCAACUUUAAAUCACGCAAAAGGCAGGAAGCUACUGAUUGGCAUGAAGAAAUCCGCAAGGUGCCCACCAUUGAGGAGAAAAUAAUCAAGCUAAACAUGCCGCGCUAUUACGGCUACAAAGUGGUGGACCUGACUGAUACCAAGAUUCCAUACAAUGCACUGCCCCUGACCCAACAUUACACUCGUACUGCGUUUGAAGAGCUAUCGGCACCGACACCGGUGCCGGCACCGGCACCGGUUCCGCCGGCGGAAGGUGGUGCAGACGACAAGUUUGAGGCAUUUGUGAAGACGGCACGCGCGGAUGUGAUUGAUGCGGUGGAAUUAGCGCAUGACGAUUACAGAAAUAAGCUAACUCUCCUAGAUACACCGCCUGAUGCUGUUACCCGUGAACUCCAGCUAACGCAGAUUAUUUUGGAACAAUUGAAUCGUGUCUUGCUGCAAACAUUGAUCGCCGAUUAUGCACAUCUGCAUGAAAUUGAAGUGGACUACAACCCGCGACACGAGGCGUUCUGGGUUGUGGGGGGUGUGGACCCGCCCAAGAAUGUUGUGAAAUCAAAGCAGGGGCGCGAAUGGCAAAAGGAAUAUGCGAACGACACGGUUGAUAGAAUGGUCCAGUACACAGGGGCUCCGUAUAUGGCACUUCGUCAUCACCAACAACUGCCCACAUGGAAAACGGCAGAAGAAAGCGAGAAUGCGGCGUUGGCGCAGCAACUGCCACGCUUCAACAACGAUGCACGCACUUUGGGCUACCCAACCAAAUAUCAGCAUGCUGUCAUAACCCCGGGCUAUUGGCCUUCUGCUCAUGCUCCUAAUUUUGGAUUCCUAUCAUUUCAAUCGCGCGCUCGUUUGCAGCUGCGUCCUAAUCCCAAUGACUUGCAGGAUCUACAGGAGGCACUGCAUGCCCUGGCCAUUCAAUCCUCCUACGCCUGGCUGCUGGCGCAGGCUUACUAUAAUGGCUUUAAUACGUAUAAUGAGCUCACCUACCCGAUGAACACACAGACUGUAAUCACAAAUGGGCGCGAGUGGAGCUUCUAUGAGUAUCAGCUGAACACGGUGUUGGUACAUGGAAAGCAUGUGGAUGAAAAUCCGCGUGUAAAUUUCUGUCGUGGCACUGCACCUCUGCCGCUCUACGGAGAAAUUACAUCGGCUGGUAGGUGUGUGGACUUUAAUGAUGAUACACUGCGGCAGCUGUUCCGUUUCUAUACUAAUGCGCCCGACGUACAAAGAAGUGCUGAUGAACUGCAGCCCUAUGUAGGUGGACCGACGCUGCGGCGUGUUGCCGACUAUGAUGAUCCAGAGAAGCGCGAAUUUCUUGAAAAAACAUUCAAGUAUUUGGCUUCAAAGCGACCGCGUCACUUGGAACUGCCAGAGAUCUACAUGUGGGAGAAGCUUUACAAAAUCGACAACAAAACACGUGCCAUGGAGGCGAAACGUCGUUUCUUUGAGCUGGACAUAAAUCCCUGGCGUCGCACACUAGACCAGCACGACAAGGAGUAUGUGUCGCGCCAAGUGCGACCGGGCGGCAAAAAGAAUCGUGAGGGCCGUUUCAAGAAGACAUACUACCCUUAAGUUAGGCUGCCUUUUUCCAAGCGUCACAAUCCUGUUAUUUCUAAUUAGUUGCCAACAAAGUGAAAUAAAAGCCUUUGUCCAAGUA